AUGGGUUCCCUGCCCUCGAAACAGGCCGCUCAAAGGUUUGCUCCCGCAGAUAAAGAGGGAACCUCCCCAAAAAAAGGGUUGGGACCAAAAAAGGAGGCCCCGGCCGCCCGAACCCUCGCAACGGCGAAGACAGAUGCGAAAGCUCCUUCAAAAGGCCUCAGCGAGGCAGAGGUGCAGGCGAUGAUCACGCAGGAGGGCCGUGACAUUAUGGUGAUCCACGGCAAAGUAUACGACGUCACAAACUUCACGGCGUUCCACCCGGGCGGCGCGGCGGCCAUCAAGACCAACCUUGGCAAGGAGAUGGGCACGACAUUUUCGAGCAUCCAUGGCCCCGGGGCGCACGAGACACUAGACGAGUUCCUGCUGGGGCCUUUGUGGGUGGCGCCCUCUGUGCUUACGGAGGCGGAGGUGCAGCGGAGGAUCAUCGAAGAGAAGCGGGUGUUGCUGCGCAUCCACGACGUCGUUUACGACGUCACAGACUUCGUGGCGUCGCACCCGGGCGGUGAGGCGGCCAUCAUGUCCAGAGUCGGCGAGGAGGUGGGUGACCUCUUCGCACGCAUCCACAGCAAGUCCACAAGGGAAUCGGCCAAGCGGUUUAUUGUGGGACGCCUGUCGUCGGCAAAGUUGGAGACCGCAGUUGCCUCCCCCAACGCUGAGGCCGACGCGGCGUCGGCGACGGUGAAGGAGACGAUGGUGCUCGAGAGUGUGGAGGUUGCAGUCGACAUCAAGAACAUCACCUUUGCUUGCCCAGAGAAAUUGCAGCUGCUGCCUGGUGGGCACAUCUCGGUGUUGGUUCCGGAUGCGUUUGGCAAGGGCUUCUUCAAGGCGAGGCACUACACCCCAUUCAUAUGCGAGGAGACGUCCUUCACCCUUACUGUGAAGAAGUACCCGCAUGGGGUGGCCUCUGUUUACCUUCACUCACUCAAACCUGGCAACAAGAUGAGGUACGAAGGCCCGCUGCGACCGAACUGGGUCGCCGAGGAGGACGCGGCCCUGAUGAGGGAGCCGGAGAGCAAGCGACACGUGCUGUUUAUUGCGGGUGGCGUUGGCGUGACCCCGAUCUACACCAUGGUGCGGCACCUGCUGCGCGACCAGGUCGCCUCGGUGACGCUGGUGGUGAGUUACCAGGUGCCGGAGGUGAUGCUGCUGCGCAAGGAGAUUGCGGCCUUCCUCGAGGCCUACGGAGCGGACACCGCGCCGGGCGAGGAGGCAAAAACGCCUCCCCGCAAAACCUUUGAGCUGCAUUAUGUCUUCACCCGGACGAAGGAGAUGCCGAGUUUGCCGGAGACCGCCAACGUGCACUUGGGCCGGCUGGGCGCCGAGGUGAUGCGGAAGUUGUCGCCCACCGUGUCGUGCGUCCUCUGCGGCCCCCCCAGCUUCGCCGACGACGUCAUGAAGGGGCUGGUAGACAACAAGGUCUGCAGCCUCCAGCAGGUGCACGUGCUGUGA